AAAUAUUGGGUGGUUCACACCAAAUCUGCAUAAUUUUUCUUCCUGCUUUGUUUUUAUAUCGUCUGCUCUGACCAGCUGCAACAUCUCAUCUUCUUAUUUCUUCAGCUUUUUACCUGCCACUUAGUACUCCUUCUAAUCCUUCGUUCUAAUAAAUUUGGGUGGUUCACACCCCCCUUUAACCAAACAAAAGAAAACAUCAAAAUACAUCCGUAUUCUCCACUUCUCCUCUCUCCCUCUUUAAAAUAAAAUCAGAAACAUGCACCAUUCCUUUGUCUUAACGCUAGUUCCAAUUCUGUUGAGUUCUUGGACUUUCAUAACUCUCAAACCUAUUAGCAUACAGUUUUUAGCCUCAUACUUCCUUGGCCUCCUACCACUUCCCUUCUUCAUGGUCUCCAUCAUCACUUGCUUCCAAGCAUCAGUAUACAACCCAGUGGAUUUCUUUACAAAUUUUGGCUCACCAACAACUUGCUCUCUUAACCAACGGAUGGUGCCUCGAGUCCCUUAUAUAUAAGAAUGAAUCAACCCCAUGUCUCACCAACAUUCAGAUCUACUCAUUUUUGAUCAAAAAAUAUGGCCUUCUCCUUCUAUGUAUCCUUUCUCUUUCUUGCAGUGUUUCUUUCUUUUGGUUCACUAUCUGCCAAGGCUGCCAUAAAGAAGUAUCAGUUUGAUGUUGUAAUGAAGAAUGUGAGCAGACUCUGCGAUGCUAAGCCAAUCGUUACGGUUAAUGGGAUGUUCCCUGGGCCAACUGUCUAUGCCCGAGAAGGGGAUAGAGUCAUCAUGAACGUUACAAACUAUGCACAAUAUAACAUCUCCAUCCACUGGCAUGGAUUGAAGCAAUUCCGAAAUGGAUGGGCUGAUGGUCCAGCAUACAUCACUCAAUGCCCAAUCCAGAGUGGUAGAAGUUACACCUACGAUUUCAAUGUCACCGGACAGAGAGGAACAUUGUGGUGGCAUGCUCAUAUCUUGUGGUUGCGGGCCACCAUCCAUGGUGCAAUUGUGAUCAUGCCAAAGGAAGGAGUUCCAUACCCAUUCCCACAACCUCAAGCAGAGACCGAACUGGUUUUAGGAGAAUGGUGGCAUGCAGAUGUUGAAGAGGUUGAGAAGCAAGGCAACAUGCUUGGGUUGCCACCAAACAUGUCGGAUGCCCAUACGAUCAAUGGAAAGCCAGGGCCUCUCUUCCCAUGCUCAGAGAAACAUACAUUUGCAAUGGAAGUUGAAUGGGGUAAGACCUACCUCCUUCGAAUUGUCAACGCUGCCCUCAAUGACGAGCUCUUCUUUGCAAUUGCUGGUCACAACAUGACGGUGGUCGAGAUUGAUGCAGUCUAUUGCAAACCUUUCACCACCAAUGGCAUACUAAUUGCACCUGGUCAAACCACCAAUGUUCUUGUUAAGGCUGACAAAAUCCCUGGCAGAUACUUCAUGGCUGCUAGACCCUUCAUGGAUGCCCCAAUUGCUGUAGAUAACAAAACUGCAACAGCUAUUCUACAGUACAAAUGCGUCCCAACCACUGUGAUCCCAAUUCUUCCACAACUACCUGCACCAAAUGACACUAAAUUUGUCGAUGACUUCCUUGGCAAGCUUAGGAGUCUAAACUCUCCCCAAUUUCCUGCUAAAGUGCCUCUUAACAUCGACAGGCAUCUCUUCUAUACAGUCAGUCUGGGGAUUGACCCAUGCCCAACUUGCCUGAAUGGAACCCGGCUCACUGCAUCCUUGAACAACAUCACAUUCGUGAUGCCCCAAAUUGGGCUACUCCAAGCACAUUACUUCAACAUCAAGGGGGUGUUCGGACUAGAUUUCCCCGACAAGCCCCUGAACACAUUCAAUUACACCGGUGCACCCCUCACGGCAAACCUUGGAACAUCCUUGGGCACCAGGCUUAGUAGGAUUCCUUACAAUUCAACAGUUGAAUUGGUGUUGCAAGACACCAAUCUCCUUGCAGCCGAGUCUCAUCCUUUCCACCUCCAUGGUUACAACUUCUUUGUUGUUGGGAGGGGGAUCGGAAACUUCGACCCAACGAAAGACCCAGCAAAAUUUAACCUGGUUGAUCCACCAGAAAGGAACACUGUUGGUGUUCCUACAGGAGGUUGGACUGCAAUCCGGUUUAGAGCUGAUAAUCCGGGCGUUUGGUUCAUGCACUGUCAUCUAGAGGUGCACACAACCUGGGGGCUUAAGAUGGCAUUCGUUGUGGAGAAUGGAAAUGGACCGGAAGAAUCCAUCUUACCUCCUCCGAAGGAUCUGCCGCCAUGCUAGACAGCUGCAGGAUGAAAUGUUUACUGGCAGUGUCAAUGUCUCGCAAAAGUUGCAGGAGGUUUGUUUAGGAUGAAUUUUCAAGAAUCAUUCAUCAUUCAUUUCUGUAAUUUGAGCUUGUCCAGAGGCCCUGUACAAGAAGCCUUCUUGUGGGAAUAAGAUGCCCUACCGAAGAAACAAGGGUUGCUAAUGUUAACCAACAAGUUUUAUGCAUUCUUUUGUUCUUGACUGUAAGGCUCCAGGUAAUUAUUUGCAGUGGUACAAUAAACAAUCCGUUA